CUUGUGAUGGCUUGGAACACCGUGGCAGGCAGUUGGUCGGCCAAGUACAUCGUGCGUCACAGUUGUGUCUGAACUUGUGCUUACAUGAUGUUAGUAUAGGUAUAGCAGGCCAGUUACAAAACUGCUGAAAAUGUUUUCUGGCGGUGAGUCAGUGGAUGAGUAUGAAGAAGAGCUGUACAAUGAUCCAAAUGAUUCAAGUGUGUCAGAAGUAAACAGUGAGCUUGAGUUUCAUCUUUACAGCCAGGUACACUAUGCUAUGAAGUUAGAUGAGCCAGCUGCAGAUGUGGAUCCAGCUACAGAUGUCAAACAGGCCCUUGACUUAAUCCAGUCUGACUCGUCUAAUGAAGAUGGGACAGUUAUCUUGAUUUCUGAUUCAGAGCCUAUUCUUAUAUCAGAUAGUGAAUACAACGAAACAAUAUCAGAUGACAGUGAUACAGAUAGCAUCUAUAAAACAAAGUGGAAAAAGAAAUUCAAUUCUGAAAAAAGGUAUUGUAAAAAGCAUUUAUGUGAUGAAGUGCCUGGUAGAACAUUAAGACUACCAAGUCAGGAAAAUGGUCAAAAAAAAAAGCGGAGUGAAGUAAGUGAGAAGAAGUCUAGACAGUCUCUGAAGCGUCAUUUUGCAGAUAGCGAAGAAUCUGAUGUGGAGAACUGGAUGAUUUUAGAUGGACGGAUGCACGCAGGAGACAGUAGCAUUCUAAUAAAUUUAGUUGGCAACUAUGAAGAAGCAGAAAAUGAUGAAAAUGAGUGGACGAUCUGUAUGAAGGAUCACGAGGCGGAGAUUGAAAAUCACAGAUGGAGAAACAGCUUUAAUCGAUAUUAUACACCUGAUAAGAAGGUUGUUUGUCAAAACUGUAAUAAAAAUGGACAUCUUUCAAAAAACUGCCCAUCUAGUAAGAAGUCCCUUGCAUGUACUUUUUGUGCAGACAGAAGUCAUUUGCAACGUUCCUGCCCCAAUCGAUACUGUACAAACUGUAGUAUGCCUGGGCAUACUUUUCAAAUGUGCAAAGAGAGAUACUUUUGGAACGUAAAAUGUCAUCGCUGUAAGAUGAAUGGGCACAUUGCAGAAGCUUGUCCAGAAUUAUGGAGACAGUAUCACCUCACGACAAAAGCUGGACCUCCACUAAGAUCAGAAGCUGCUAUUCAGAAGAAAAGUCGAGCUUACUGCUACAACUGCUCCAAGUUAGGACAUUAUGGACAUGACUGUCUCCAGAGAAAGAUGUUCAACUACACAUCCAGCCCAUUUAUUAAUUACUAUGAUACAGUGAAAGACAUUCACAGACGGAAACAUCAGAUUCAAAAAAGAGCUCAAGAGCUCCAAAAAUCUGGUAUGUGGUAUAAUGGAAAACCUCAGAAAAAGAAGUCUCACCUGGAAAACAAAACCAUACACCCACCAAAUAAGAAAAGAAAAAUGAACAAAGAAAAACCGUCAAAGUUUGACUUUGAAAGAUUAAAAAACAAGAAAGCCAAGCAGUGUGAACUUAGGAAGAAAGAGGAGACAGAGGACUUCCCAAGAGGCCCUAAAAAACCAAACUGUGACGCGUCUGUCCAUUCAAAGAGGAGCUCAAGGAAGGCGGCCAAGCUCCUUAACAAGAUGCGCAAGCUCAGUGAACAAUCUAGCAAUAAAAGAGAAAAAAAUGAAAAGAAAGAAGAAAAGAAGAAAAAGCAUGCUGCUGUCGAUGAGGAUCUUUUUCUAAUAAAGCAAAAAAUCAAAAAGAAGAAAGGGAGCAGGUAGUUUUAAAUGGUCAACAAGUGUGAGUCAGGAAGAGUGGCACUUACAGCAGGUUUGGAGGUCCGCAGCGUCUCUCUUACACUUCAUGAAUACACUUUUCAAAUUGCCAGCAAUAAACCAUCUCACUUUGAGAAUACGUCAGGCUUCUUGGGGAGUUGCAGGCACUCUGACAGGUAAAACUGUCGGGCUUAUCCUAAAUGUUACGGUAUUUUUAACAACGCCCAAUAAGAGCAUCUCUCAGUUUAAUCCUCAGAUAGUGGGGUUUAUGUAAAUUUAGAAUAAAUUAAUUAUGUUAACAUCUUCUUCGUGACCUGUCUGAAUAAAAAAGGCCAUCAUUUUAUCUUCAAGCUAUCACAGUGAAGGUAGCCUUAAAUUAAGACGGGUUAAAAAAAAGUCUUCUUAAAUAGAAAGGUAAUAGCAUUUGAAAAGACAAAAUAUUUACAUUGAUUAUCGGACUUAAUUUGUGUACAAUUAAUGGCCACUGUAUUGCUUGUCUGUUUGGUGGGUCAGGACAGUGUAAGAGUUCGACACUCGUCUGUCCUUUCCUAAAGUGUUUCCUAGAUGCCCAUUUCCUUGUAGGACCCGAUUGGUUUUCUAAUUAUAAACAGACAUUAUUAUGCGGGAAAUAUUUAACAAAUGUGUGACACUCGUGCUUACAAGUAAGGUUUAAAAAAAGCUCUAAUGAUGAGAAAAUGAAUAUUGUUUUAUUGCUACCUUUUUAACAGCCAAACAAUAAAUUUUGUUACCACU